GCCAGGAAAGAACACAUUACACAGUGUUUCUUCUGAGAGCCAGCUAGCCUCCAGUGAUUGAAAUCAAUAAAAACAGUCGGCAAGGGGCCCAGUGGGGGAAGAGAGAAACCUCCACUACAGCAUUCAGUUUGCUUUCCACUUUCUCCCUCCCCCUCUAAAGUUAAACUCUGAAGAUCACCAUGACAAGCUGCUUUGCUUCCAGCGCUGCGAAGACACUGGUGGGGAUUUAAAGGAAGCGAGUGCUUUCCUUCACCUCCCUGCCAUCGCUCUCCCCCCAGCACGAAGGAAAUGAAAGGCUUGUUUGGAAUCUGAAUCCCACCUGGAAAAAGUUCAUUGGACAAGUGCAUCGUCCCGCAUUUCAGGAAAGAGAUGGAUUUUACGGUCAGAGCACGCUAAAAGGUGAGAGGGGAAAGAAAAGCAGGAAACUGAUUCAGCCAGUGCCCACGUACAGGCUAGGAUGUCCACCACGGUGGAGGGGACCUCUGAAGCAGCGGGAAGGACUGCAAGCAAGAGCCUGAGAUCACCACGAUCCACAUCCUAAAGCAGCCGAAACACUGGGGAACACGUGACCGACCCAGUGGCUGGAUCCCAGACUGACAUUCCCCUGAGCUGCACCUUAUAGAAAUGAGAUACUGGAGUUUCUGAUGAGCUCACUUGGCAAAGGGUCUGACUUGAUGAGCAAAAUGUUCCUGCCAGGCAUCAAGGAACAACAAGGCAGUGCCUACCAGAAAAGCUGGUAACCAGCAGAGAAGAUACAAAAGCUAGAAUCAGCAUGUGGAGCUGUGAAACCUUAAACAACAGUACAGAGAACAGUGAGGACCAGCACCUCUGCCAUGACUUCCACCUCGUGCUUUCCAUCUUUUCCCUACUCUACCUCAUUAUAUGUUUCCCAAUUGGCCUUUGUUACAAUGGCUUGCUGGUCCUAGUUAAUCUUUAUAACAAAGCUACUAUGACUAUGCCAGAUGUUUACUUCGUCAACAUUGCCAUUGCUGGUCUCAUCAUCAAUGCUCUGGCACCAAUGUACCUUUUAGGUCUUGCCAAUACAAAAUGGGCCAUCUGGAAUUCUAACAACGAAGUUUAUAUUACCUUACUUAUUUUAUUCAACGUCUCAUCUUUAGUUACCAUGUACUCUACCACAUUACUCAGUCUGGACUACUACAUUGAACGUGCUCUACCUAGAACUUACAUGUCAAGUGUGUACAACACCAAACAUGUUUGUGGAUUCAUAUGGGGUGGUGCCAUGCUUACAAGCUUUUCAUCUCUCCUCUUCUACGUCUGCAAUCACGUAUCCACUAAAAUAAUAGAAUGUUCCAAGAUGCAGAACAAAGAAGCAGCAGAUGCCAUUAUGGUGUUUAUCGGGUAUGUGGUACCGGCGAUUGCAGUACUGUACGCACUUAUAUUGAUCUUGCGAAUACGCAAAGAGGCUACACCACUGGAUCAAGACACUGGACGAUUAGAUCCGUCAGUGCACAGGCUUUUGAUUGCCACAGUCUGCACACAGUUCACGUUAUGGACACCCUAUUACGUUGUUCUCUUGGUAAGCACAUUUACUACCGCACAAGGAAGAGUCACAGAUGAAAGUUACAGUCGAAUAUUACAUUUUACCAAGAUUUUAUCAAAAUUCUUGGCUUUCUCAAGCAGCUUUGUAAUGCCUCUGCUCUACAGAUACAUUAACAAAAAUUUUCCCAACAAAUUACGACGUUUGCUUAAAAAGAUACAUUGUGGGAAUCAAGCGUGUUCUCAUGAACGCACAGUAGUACAGCAAGUUAUGACGUAGGUAUGAAAAAUCCCCCCUGGUGCUCUGUUACUGCAGUACUUGGCAUACCAGUACUGAGACUGUGAUAUUGCUGUGUUGGCACACACAGAGUCAUUAAUGUGAGCAUCCCAGCCAAGAGGCUAGAAGGAGCUUUCAAUUGCAGUUAAACGAAACAGUCUUAAUUUUCAAGUAGUUAAUUGUUGCUGAAAUCUUGUGAGACUCUAGCCUGUGUGCUGUAAUACCUGUGACAUCUAAUACUUUCAGUGCACUGAAUUGGUUACAAAAAGCAUCAGCUCUGUCUUCAUCGCUCUAAUAUUCCUGCCUGAAGAAAUCACUAAGUUUAUCAAAGUCUUGACUGAAGACACAGCACCUUGUAUUUUGUAUAGAAAAAGGUAUUACCUUGUGUUCUGUACAAAGAAGUGAUAGUGCUAUCCUUGAUGAAGUAAAUAGCAUUUUUCAAUGAAGAUGAUAUAGAUGAUCUUUACUAAAGAUCACAACAUCCAGUUAUACAUGUCCAAAUAGUAAAUGUUAAUUAUAAAUUAAAUUAUUUAAUUUCUCUCUCCAUCACUGAAUCCCCUCUAAAAGAAGCCUAAUUUACCAUUCCCAGAAAUUAUUUUCUCGCACAAACUAACUUAAGUUUUAACAUUGAUGGUAAAUUGAUUUUUGUUUUUCUAGCUGUAACAAUUAACAAAAAUGUGGUUUAUUUUUCCAGUGCUUUGUUUGCAUCCUAAAACAUUUCAAGAAUUCAGAAAUAUUUAUUAACUAAUUCUAAGGGAACUGAGAGAUGUUUGUUCCACAUAUUAAAAUGAAGGACACAGUGGUUUACAAGGUUAAAUCAAGAUUUAACUAGUAAAGAUUGUCUGGCUAAGUGUUAUGGUCCACAUAUGUUCAUGUAACAAGAGUAAUUAUCUUAAAAAUAAAUAUGUUUAUGAUUAA